GCACCCCACCGGGCGCGCGAGCCGCGGAGGAAGAGGGUCGCCGCCGGGUGUUCGGCCGCCGCGCUUUCGUCGUCGCAGUAUUUCCUGUUCGGAUUAUCUUUUGCUUUUUCCCGGCUGCCUCCUUCCCCUCACACGCCUACUCCUCCGAGCCCCCUGUCGAAGCUGCCCUCGGUCCCGGCUCGUCCCCCGCGCCCAGGGACCCCCUGUGCCUCUCCUCCCGGGCUGCGGGGGAGCCCCGCCGGGAUCAUGAGGAAAUUCAACAUCAGGAAGGUGCUGGACGGCCUGACCGCCGGCUCGUCCUCGGCCUCGCAGCAGCAGCAGCAGCAGCAGCACCCGUCUGGGAACCGGGAGCCCGAGAUCCAGGAAACGCUCCAGUCCGAGCACUUUCAGCUCUGCAAGACUGUUCGCCAUGGGUUUCCCUAUCAACCCUCAGCCCUGGCCUUCGAUCCUGUACAGAAGAUCCUGGCAGUGGGAACCCAGACUGGUGCUUUAAGGCUCUUUGGUCGUCCAGGAGUAGAAUGUUAUUGCCAACAUGAAAGUGGAGCAGCAGUAAUCCAGCUCCAGUUCCUGAUUAAUGAGGGAGCUCUUGUGAGUGCCUUGGCUGAUGACACUUUACACUUAUGGAAUUUACGUCAGAAGAGGCCUGCCAUACUACAUUCACUUAAAUUUUGCAGAGAAAGGGUUACUUUUUGCCAUCUGCCUUUCCAGAGUAAGUGGCUCUAUGUGGGCACUGAACGAGGUAAUAUACAUAUUGUCAAUGUGGAGUCCUUCACACUCUCAGGCUACGUCAUAAUGUGGAAUAAAGCCAUUGAACUGUCAUCUAAAUCUCACCCUGGACCCGUUGUCCAUAUAAGUGAUAAUCCAAUGGAUGAGGGAAAGCUUUUGAUUGGCUUUGAAUCUGGAACAGUAGUUUUAUGGGACCUCAAAUCAAAGAAAGCAGACUACAGAUACACAUAUGAUGAGGCUAUCCACUCUGUUGCUUGGCAUCAUGAAGGAAAACAGUUUAUUUGCAGUCAUUCAGAUGGCACUUUGACAAUAUGGAAUGUGAGAUCCCCUGCUAAACCUGUACAGACAAUCACCCCACAUGGAAAACAGUUAAAGGAUGGGAAGAAACCAGAGCCAUGCAAACCUAUCCUCAAGGUGGAAUUCAAAACGACUAGAUCUGGGGAACCUUUUAUUAUUUUAUCAGGAGGUUUGUCAUAUGAUACUGUAGGAAGAAGACCUUGCUUAACAGUAAUGCAUGGGAAAAGUACUGCUGUGCUAGAAAUGGACUAUUCAAUAGUUGAUUUUCUAACACUAUGUGAAACACCAUAUCCAAAUGAUUUUCAAGAACCAUAUGCUGUGGUGGUUCUUCUAGAAAAGGAUUUAGUACUUAUAGACCUUGCACAAAAUGGAUAUCCUAUAUUUGAAAAUCCCUACCCUUUGAGUAUACAUGAGUCUCCUGUUACAUGUUGUGAAUAUUUUGCUGAUUGUCCUGUGGACCUAAUUCCUGCACUUUAUUCCGUUGGAGCUAGACAGAAACGUCAGGGUUACAGCAAAAAGGAAUGGCCCAUCAAUGGAGGUAAUUGGGGUUUGGGUGCUCAAAGCUACCCUGAAAUAAUUAUUACAGGGCAUGCUGAUGGGUCAGUUAAGUUCUGGGAUGCUUCUGCAAUAACUCUACAAGUAUUAUAUAAGUUGAAGACAUCUAAAGUCUUUGAGAAGUCAAGAAAUAAAGAUGACAGGCCAAACACAGACAUUGUAGAUGAAGAUCCAUAUGCCAUUCAGAUCAUCUCGUGGUGUCCAGAAAGUAGAAUGCUAUGUAUAGCUGGAGUUUCAGCUCAUGUCAUUAUUUAUAGAUUCAGCAAACAGGAAGUGAUUACAGAAGUCAUUCCGAUGCUUGAAGUUCGACUGUUAUAUGAGAUAAAUGAUGUGGAAUCUCCAGAGGGUGAGCAGCCCCCACCUGUGCCAACACCCGUGGGAGGCUCCAACCCUCAGCCCAUCCCUCCCCAGUCUCAUCCAUCCACCAGCAGCAGCUCUUCUGAUGGGCUUCGUGAUAAUGUACCUUGUUUAAAAGUUAAAAACUCACCACUUAAACAGUCUCCAGGUUACCAGACAGAGCUAGUUAUUCAGUUGGUAUGGGUGGGUGGAGAACCACCACAGCAAAUUACCAGCCUAGCAGUCAAUUCUUCCUAUGGACUGGUGGUUUUUGGCAAUUGUAAUGGCAUUGCAAUGGUUGACUACCUCCAGAAAGCAGUGCUGCUCAACUUGGGCACUAUUGAAUUAUAUGGCUCUAAUGAUCCUUAUCGGAGAGAACCCCGUUCUCCUCGCAAAUCUCGACAACCUUCAGGAGCCGGUCUGUGCGAUAUCAGUGAAGGGACUGUGGUCCCUGAGGAUCGCUGCAAAUCUCCGACUUCUGGUUCUUCAUCACCACACAAUUCAGAUGAUGAACAAAAAAUGAAUAAUUUUAUAGAAAAGGUGAAGACCAAAAGCAGAAAGUUUUCCAAGAUGGUAGCCAGUGAUAUAGCAAAGAUGUCAAGGAAAUUAAGCUUGCCUACCGACCUAAAGCCUGAUUUAGAUGUAAAAGAUAAUUCCUUCAGCAGAUCACGCAGUUCAAGUGUAACCAGCAUUGACAAAGAAUCCCGAGAAGCGAUCUCCGCUCUUCAUUUCUGUGAAACUUUUACUCGUAAGGCGGACUUGUCCCCUUCCCCGUGCCUAUGGGUUGGAACCACCCUGGGAACAGUGCUUGUCAUUGCACUAAACCUUCCCCCAGGGGGGGAACAAAGACUUCUUCAGCCAGUAAUUGUGUCUCCAAGUGGUACCAUAUUAAGGCUAAAAGGUGCAAUCUUGAGAAUGGCGUUUCUGGACACCACAGGCUGCUUAGUGCCACCUGCAUUUGAACCCUGGAGAGAACACAAUGUUCCUGAGGAAAAAGAUGAGAAGGAGAAAUCAAAAAAACGGCGUCCUGUCUCCGUGUCCCCCUCCUCUUCUCAGGAAAUUAGUGAAAACCAGUAUGCAGUGAUAUGUUCUGAAAAGCAAGCAAAAGUAAUCUCACUGCCAACGCAGAACUGUGCUUAUAAGCAAAACAUUACAGAGACCUCAUUUGUGCUUCGCGGAGAUAUUGUAGCAUUGAGCAACAGUAUCUGCCUUGCGUGUUUCUGUGCCAAUGGACAUAUUAUGACUUUUAGUUUGCCAAGUCUAAGGCCUUUAUUGGAUGUGUAUUACUUGCCCCUGACCAAUAUGCGGAUAGCUAGAACAUUCUGUUUCACCAACAACGGACAAGCAUUAUAUCUUGUUUCACCUACAGAAAUCCAGAGACUUACUUAUAGUCAAGAGACCUGUGAAAAUCUUCAGGAAAUGUUGGGUGAACUCUUCACUCCUGUAGAAACACCUGAAGCACCAAACCGGGGAUUCUUUAAAGGCUUGUUUGGAGGCGGUGCACAGUCUCUUGAUAGAGAAGAACUAUUUGGAGAGUCGUCCUCGGGAAAGGCCUCACGGAGUCUCGCACAGCAUAUCCCUGGCCCUGGUGGCAUCGAAGGCGUGAAAGGGGCAGCAUCUGGAGUAGUUGGUGAAUUAGCACGAGCCAGGCUGGCACUAGAUGAAAGAGGGCAAAAACUUGGUGACCUGGAAGAAAGAACUGCAGCCAUGUUAUCAAGCGCAGAUUCUUUUUCUAAACAUGCUCAUGAGAUGAUGUUGAAAUACAAAGAUAAGAAGUGGUACCAGUUUUGACAACCAGAAUCCACUAAGUACUACUUCAGCCAAAAGGAAAACAGUUUUCCUUUUUCAUUUCAUUGAUUUAUUUAGGAAAGUUAACACUGAUGGGGUGUUCAUCACUGAACACUGUUCUUUCCUAGCACAAUCAUGCACUUUUACCUCAGUCACGUGGCUUCAACUGAGGAGUAUUUGCACACACUCAAACUGGAGUAAAUGGUGUGUGCCAGCUAUGAGUCGAAGGUUUGGAAACUAAGCAGGUCACGUGUGACCGAUGAAGAAGCAAAGAGGGAUGAGGUGACGUGGCAGGGACUUUUCCUGGAUCAUUCCUGUAUUAAACUUUCAUAUGCCAAAAGAUGUUGUGCCAUUGUGUCUGCCAUCAGUGUUUGACCUGUUUGGGGGAGAGGCAGUGAGUCAGACAUCCAGGAGCCGGAAUAGGUAUAUUUGACAUUGGACUGCAUUAAUCAGCUGUCUUGGACUUUUCCUCCCUUAAACUGACCGGUCAUCAGUAUCAUUAGUGAAAAAGAAAGAAACUGUUUAUUACCACAUCUUUAGACAGAUAAGCUGAAUGGUGGGCUUUACAUAAUAAAAGCAUACACAUAGUUGACUUGUGUAUGGGCUCCUCUUGGAUUCUUGUUAUUAUAUACUUGUGUUUAGUUCAUAUUUUGUCAAAAGCAAAACAAGGCGAUACAUCACUUUUCAUUGAAAAGAAAAGUGUAGAGCAUGACCGAAUUGCUCAUCAUUCUGGGAGUUUCCAUGUAGUGGCUAUGCAGUGUGGAAAGUGAGAAUAACCUCCAUUGUGGUGAGGAGAAUACUUCAAUGUUCUUUGUCCUUGUUAUCAUUAAAUUCAGCUAAUGGUGGAUUUGACCAAAAUAGUUCCUGGUUAAAUUUGUAGAAAUGUUGAAAUUGGCUAAGUUUUUAAUUUUGCUUGAAUUUUUAUAAAAUGUUUAACCAAAUGUACCUUUGCAUUAUUUAAUUAAAAUUGCUUUAAAAAGUUUCAUCAUUUCAGUAAAAUGCUCAGCUCCCUUUUUAAAAUGCCCUUUAUUUGCUAACAGUUCCAAUACACUCAGGUGAUGAGCCACUUAAAUCUUAGUGCACAUGCUAUCGCAUGGAGAAUUACAAGCAUCUCUUGUCAGUAAUUAUCUAUGUAAGAGUCUAGUCUUAAUGACCUACAAGUAUUUUCUGUAGAAAUAUACUAUAAAUCUGUACAUAUCCUUUCAAGGUUUAAAAGAGCCAAAAGGAAAGGAAAUCAUGUACACUUUGGUAACUAAAUUAUUUCUGGAUUGGAAUACAGUGCAAAUUGAGACCAGCAGUGGACAGCGUUCCUAGAAUGGCAUUACAAAUGGGAAAGAAACCUCUUGGUGGAUGUGGAAGUAAGCACCAUAAUGCAGGCUAAUCUGAGACUAUAGAUUGUUGUUCAAGCAGCAAAGGAGGAGCAGAAUAGAAGCAUUACAAUUAACGUCAAUGAAAUUUAAAUUCUGUCUUUAAAAAUCUGUUUAAAGCAUUUCUUUCUACGAGGAGAGAAUCAGAGCACACGUUGAUAGCAAACGUGGUGGUGGUUUGUCUGUUCCAUAUGAUCAUUAAAGGUAUAUGUAGAACAUCUUAACUUUUCCACGCAGUCUGUUAUGCAUCUUUUCCUUUUUACUCCUUUCUUUAAUAAAGCUUUUUUGUUUACGUUUUAAAAUGUGCACUACUGGAUACAAAAGUUUACAUUAAAUUUACUUUAAAUGCCAUUGGGUAGGGACUAUAAAUGUAUGUGAUAGAGAUCAUGGAUGAAGCCAAGAGAUCUAUUUAAAAAUAGUCAUUUUCAAAAGUUUUUGGAUUUGUAGAAGGUACUGCUAAAUAACAUAUUUCUGGUUAAUUAAUGUCCACUGUCUGAUGAACAUUCAGCAAUUUACAAAUUGCUUUAUUUGUAUUAUGUAUUAUCUAGAAUCCCAUUGUUCCAUGAUAUAUCACAGGAGGUAUUACAUCCUUUUUUAAAGGCACAGUUUAAUGACUGUCAUCAAUAAAGGCAAGAAUUAUGGAUUUAAAGAAGGUGAGAAACAUUUAGUAAUUAAUAGAUUGGUUGAUUCCCUGUCCAUGUUGAGGGUUGUAUUGGCUCCCGUUAUUUCAUUUGCUGUGUUAUUUUCUGUUACUUGUAUAUCAGCUUCAUUUUCCCUGUUGUAUAUAAAAUGAACCAAUCUUGUAAUUGUUUUCAUAUAGAGAAGUAGAUACAUUAACUAUGAUGGAUUUUAUAAGAAAAUUUUAAAUUAGUGUUUUGAAUUAUUUUAUUUUUAAGUUAUUCUACAAAUCUUGCACAACAUACUAGAGACUCACUUAGGAUUAGAAAGUUUAAAGUACUUUUGAGUAUAGGAAAUAAGUUUCUCAGAGUUCUACUUGAUUCUGUCUGUAGAUAAGAUAGUCUGCAGUAAUAACUAACCCAGGGAAUUUAUUGUCAUUUGAGAGAUAGCAUCUCUGUUUUUUUUUCUUUAUAAAUGCAAAAAGUAAUAGUCACCAGCAAGCCAGAUUUCAGGAAAACUAACAACAACAA